UUUUUUUUUGUUUUUGUUUGAAUUCAACAGACCGAGUAUCAUGGCUUCAUACCCUACACAAUGGACGACGAUAUCACAGGCCAAUAGUUUCCAUCCUCAUCUUAUUACCAACAUUGACUUGACCGAUGAUUCUUUCUUAAUGUCAUUAUUACCGGAAUCACCAGAGCAAUGGUCUUGUAGUUUAGAUGUUAUAUACACGCUCCCACCCAGUGUGUUUGUCGAUAGAUAUCAACUGAAUGAUACACUCGGAAGAUCCUUCUUUGUGCAUGGACUAGAUGAUUUGGAGUCACCUUUGGAACACGUGGAUCAUCAAGAUACCUGGGUGAUUGUUCGACCCUCACCAAAUAUACAGAUAGAUCUCCCUGUUCAUCUACGAUACCAAGCUCCUGACCGCUCAUUGACCCAUCGUCUUAUACAUAUCCAACAACCACGCGUAGGAUGGUCAUGUCACCAUGGUAACAAGAAACCAACACUUGAUCAAACGUUCGACUUUUUCUUCUCACGAUCUCAAAGUCUUACUUGGAUUCAACUACCUUCUAAUUCUUCUUCACAUGAUAUCUCUCUACAAGUCCCUGUUGGCAACACAACCGAUGCUUUUCUAGUUCAAUGGGGAACUUUCUUUACCAUCCUUCUCGGUACUGCUUGGAUCUUACACGCUACUCUUUUUGCUGUCAAGAAACACCGUCGUCAUGAAGCCAAAGGCAAGCGAAGGAAAUCGGAAUAAUACUCUUAUAUAGUGUAGUAGAGAAUCAUCUUUUUAUAUCUUAUUACUUUUUUUUUUGUAA